AUGAGUGAACCUCAAGAAACCUUGUCGUCGGAGUCGGCUGUCACCCCUGCACCGCCCUCACCUACGACUCCAGAAAAUGCAUCACUUGCAAGCACUUCAACUUCCACAAUUACUAAGCCAGCUGAUUCCACAAGACCAACAUCUUUGCCAAAACCAUCUGGCUUGAAACCACCCACAAAAAUUGGACGGCUCUGCUCCAACUCUGCACCAAAACCUGCAGUACCAAUCUCUCCUAGAAGUGGUGAGUAUCUUAUAUGUCUCCUAAUUAUUCCAAGUCCUCAGUAA